UUCCUCGCUGCAAAAGGAAAACAAAAAUGGGAGAAAAAAGCUUGACAAUGAACGGCAAUCUAUUUUCUUCAGUAAUAUCUGAAAUCAAAUCUUAUUCUGGCAAAGACCCUCUUCUCCCUUGGCUGCGAGGGAUAAAGAAAAUAAAAGAUUCGGUUCCACCCCAUAUUUUAAACGAGAAGCUACCUCGCUUUUUGCAAAAAUGUACGCAAACGUUCGAAUCCGACCGCCGUUACCACGACGAUCUACGCUACCUCCGGGUUUGGUUACAGUUGAUGGAUUUUAUGGAUGAUCCAAGGGUGCUGUUGAGAAGAAUGGAAAUGAGUCAAAUAGGGACAAAACGUUCAUUGUUCUAUCAAGCAUAUGCACUUUACUACGAGAAAAUCAAGAAAUUUGAUGAGGCUGAAAAAAUGUACCUUUUGGGUGUUCAAAACCUUGCAGAGCCGGUUGAUGAGUUACAAAAAUCAUAUGAGCUAUUCCUGAAUCGUAUUGAGAGACACAAGAAGAAGAAGAAAAUGCAGGAAGGAAGAGCAGCUAGAAAGCCUCUCCAAUGCAGAGAGUCGAAAGAAAACAGUGAAACAAUAUGCAUAGUUGAAAAUAGUCAUAAGAGGUCUUCAUCAUUACAUAAUGGUAAAAAAGUGGAGAGCGAAAGGGGGAGAGCUUUGAUGGAAAGGGUGUCGGAUGAACCCAGGAAGGUCGGGAAUGAUGAUACGGUGGUCGUGAAGUUUGUUGAUACUGUCAUUGUUGCUAAAUCUGAAGCUGAAGAUGUCUGCCAUCAUGGACUAGUUGAUCCUACAAUAAACAUGAAAGAGGCAAUGAAUGCAAUCAAUAGCAUGUUUCGAGAACCUAUAGAGACAGCUCCUAUUGGGAGGAGAUCAUCUCAAAUGCAGCUGAAAGAAGAUCAUAGUUUGAAAAUAGGAUUUAAGGUGUUUGAUGAAAACUUGGAUAGAGGAAGCAACUCAUCAGUUCAACAUGAAGAAAAGGGGUUACAGAAUAAAGCUCAAAUUUGCCAGGCUAAGAAGGAAUCAUUCGAAAUAUACGUUGAUGAUGAUGAAGGAAAUAGUGAGGUUGGAGAGGAAAAUGAUAAAGAAAACUUAGAACAGUCAGAGGUUCAAAGUUUAGGAGAAGGUUGCAACGUCUUUGUGUUUCCAAAUCCUAAUGAUUUUUCUCCUGAAAGUUCAGAUGAUAUUGAUGCACAAAGUGCAAUCCGACCGAAGAUUCGAGAGGAUACAGUGGUUCACAGGUUCGUCGGUUCGACCAUUUCUGAUGAGCCAGUGGUAGAAAAUGUUUGCCACCAUGGCUUAGUAGACCCUACAGUUAACUUGAAGGAGGCUAUGGAAGACAUCAAUAACAUGUUUGGAAAGCCAAUAGAUUUUGUAAGGGCAAAAAGAAAGCAGGACAAAGCACCCGUUGAGAAACAAGAUCAUGGUGGGUUUUCUAUACUUCCUGAUGAUUUGGAAAAUCAGGAACCUCAGCCCCCAGCAAAAUCAUCCGGCAAAUUAAAUGGUAGUGAUUUAUUUGAGCCAACUGUGUUUACCAAAGAAGCAAUGGAUGAUAUAAAUAAGAUGUUUGGAAUGCCACUGGAGUUCUAGGAGAAAGAAAUUUAU